UUCCAUCCCUCUUUCCUUCUGUAUCUCAUGGGGCUCCCUUGUGUUUGCAUAAAGAUGCCGAAAUGGUGCAUAAGCAUCGGGACACUUCUAAGCCUGCUUCAGUAUUUCAAGGUAAUGGUGAUACUGGCACUUAGUCAUCUGCGUCUGCUCAAGCCUUCAGAACAGAUAACUGAGUCAGCUACUGACUCCAUGGAAGAACAUCAUCAUCCGAAUCCAAACAAUUAUGUUCUUGUGUUGGAUCGUAUGUGCCCGUCGAUAGUCCCCAUCCCAAUUCAUGUCCUAACUGCAUAUAUCAAGAGGAGGCUUCCAGUAGUGGAGUUUGUUCAAGUUCUUGAGAGAUACACAAAGCAUGCAAGUGAGGAUACGGUAUGCUAUAUAUGCUUGGAGUACAUAGAGGGAAGCCAUGAGGUGAGGGAACAGUGCAACUGUGAUCAUGUGUUUCAUAGGGAGUGUCUAGAUAGUUGGGUUAACCAGGGCCAGCUGACCUGCCCUUUGUGCAGAGCUAUGUUGUUUUCGCCCAAGAGCCAAAAAACGAGCUGUGGAGGAAAUCCAUGGACAAUGGAUAGGGAUGCUUACUUGGAUAGAUUAGAUUUCAUUGUGAGAUGAAUAAUAGUAAACUCUUGCCCUCCAAAUUUAUAGUUUUUACUUUGCUUAAACUUUGCUUGAGCUAGUUGAAAUGGCCACAAGAGAGUUCAAAAUAGACAUCUCUGUAAAUUA